AUGGGAACAAUACUAGCAACAACAAGCACUACGACACCAGUUUCAACAUCCACGUUCACAGUACCACUACGAGCACCUGCUAUUGAUAUUCAUCCAAAUGCAAGAUGGAUACAGAGUGGUCUCACUGUUGCUGGAGGAAAUCAACAAGGCAAUGAAAGUAAUCAACUCAAUUGGCCACAUGGUUUAUUUGUCGAUGAUGAUCAAACUAUUUAUGUCGCUAAUUGGGGGAAUAAUCGUAUUGUAGAAUGGAAAUAUGGUGCAGCGAGUGGUCAAGUGGUUGCUGGUGGAAAUGGACCAGGAAAUGGAGCUAAUCAGUUAUACUUUCCGGAAGAUGUGAUUGUUGACAAAGAGAGAGAUAGUCUCAUCAUCUGCGACGGUAAAAGAGUGGUUCGAUGGCCUCGUCGAAAUGGUAUUAGUGGAGAAAUACUCAUCUCGAAUAUCUCUUGCACCGGUUUAACAAUGGACGAGACUGGGUCUCUCUAUGUCGCUAAUGGGGAAAAACAUGAAGUGAGACGAUAUAAAAUUGGUGAUAAUGAAGGAACGGUGGUUGCAGGUAGUAAUGGAGCAGGAAAUCGUCUUGAUCAACUUAAUAAUCCCUACUACAUAUUUGUCGAUCGAAAUCAUUCAGUAUACGUGUCUGAUUUGCUAAAUGAUCGUGUGAUGAAAUGGGAAGAAGGUGCAAAGCAAGGCACUGUUGUAGCUGGUACUCAAGGACAAAAAAAUGGUGUUCAAGAAGUGUUAUGGCCUCUAGGAAUUGUUGUCGAUCAAUUGAGCACUGUUUAUGUAGCUGGUCGAAAUAAUCAUCAAAUUAUACGUUGGCCAAAAGCGGCCACACAAGGAAGUAUCAUUGCUGGUGAAGGUUAUAUCGGAGAAGAAUCGAAUCAAUUCAAAGGUCCCAUUGGGUUGUCAUUUGAUCGCUAUGGCAAUCUUUAUGUUGUUGAUAACGGCAAUCAACGCGUACAAAAAUUCUUAAUCGAACAGCCGACAGAAUAA